GAGUUUAACAACUUUACAAUAACAGUGAGCGCUACAAGUAUCUUGUGCUGCUGUUUAUUAUCGCCCCUAGUGGCCGCCAAAUGCCAUUACCACGAAUCAUCACAUAGAGUUAACUUCGCUUCACUGAGGUCACUUUUAAAAUUUAAUGCAGUUUGAGAGCGUCAAGAUUGUAGCAUUGUUCUUCAAAUAUCCUCCGCUGUACAUUUUAAGUGUUAAAAACACCGGCAGCUCAUAUGAGCUCGAAGGAAGGCAGAAUUAAGCGCACCAAAAAUGUGCGUAAUUUGGAUUCGGAUGAUGCACCUUCACUAACACAAUCAAUAAUCGAUGAACAUCCUAAUAUUAUACCUGCCGGGCGACAGUUAGAGAGGACACCUCCAUCUGAAAGUGAAAGAGUAGCAACACACCAGCCCAGCGAACCAGAUGCUUCUCCAACAUCAGAACAAGUGGUCACAGAUGAGCCAUGCGGCCAGGAAAUAACCAAACACCUUUCUUGCAAUGGAUCAAAUGAAGUUCUCCAGCACCCCAAAGUUAAAGACGAGAGGAAGUCCAUCAGGAGGUCUAGUUUUACAGCAGCAUCAGCAACCACUGGGAAUACCGAUCCUGAAAUCUUCAUCCAGGGAAUGCAGGGAUACAAAUGGACAGACACAGACCUGGAGUUUGUCUAUCAAAGCAAAUGGAAAAAGUGAGUUCAACAGGCGCAGCAAGAGUUAAGCGACUUGCAGAAGUCUCUGAAGAGCAUGAAACAAAUGCGGGACAUGGGCCUUGCUGCACUUGACAAAAUACAAACAGAGCUUUCUAAGGUGGCGUCAUGUGAACGUUUACAGCAAAUUUCCAUGGAAAUACUUCUGAGGUCCCUGAGCUCUAGUCAGCUGGAAGGGCUUGAUCUUAAAGAUCUCCUUGCCAAAUUAAAGGUUGCUGAUGUGCACUGCACUACUGCUGAGGAGAAGGCAGAGGUCAGCAAACUCAAGACAGAGGCGGAAAAAGCACAAGUAUUGAGAGAAAAGGAGGAGCGACUCAUGAAGGACACUGACAGCUGUAAGGAGAACAUCAACCAAAUCAAGGUAAACAUAGAUACUCUGAAAGCAGAAAUAUCUGUUCUGGAAUCCCAGCUGUCCGGUAAAGAGGAGGCAUCACAGUCAGCUAAACCACAGCAAAAAGUCCACAGAGGCACCAAACACUCUACUGCCCCUAAACUCCCUUCAGACCCCAAACCUCCUGCCUGUCCUCCUGCUCCAAAACCCUCCAAACCUCCUGCCUCUCCUCCUGUGCCAAAACCCUCCAAACCUAUUGCUGCUCCUCCUGCGCCAGAACCCUCCAAACUUAUUGCUGCUCCUCCUGUGCCAAAACCCUCCAAACCUAUUGCUGCUCCUCCUGCGCCAAAACCCUCCAAACCUAUUGCUGCUCCUCCUGCGCCAAAACCCUCCAAACCUAUUGCUGCUCCUCCUGCGCCAAAACCUUCCAAACCUAUUGCUGCCCCUCCUGCGCCAAAACCCUCCAAACCUAUUGCUGCUCCUCCUGCGCCAGAACCCUCCAAACCUAUUGCUGCUCCUCCUGCGCCGCCAGAACCCUCCAAACCUAUUGCUGCUCCUCCUGCAUCAGAACCCUCCAAACCUCCUGCAUCUCCUCCUGCACCAAAACCCUCCAAACCUCCUGCAUCUCCUCCUGCACCAAAACCCUCCAAACCUCCUGCAUCUCCUCCUGCACCAAAACCCUCCAAACCUCCUGCAUCUCCUCCUGCACCAAAACCCUCCAAACCUCCUGCAUCUCCUCCUGCACCAAAACCCUCCAAACCUCCUGCAUCUCCUCCUGCACCAAAACCCUCCAAACCUCCUGCAUCUCCUCCUGCCCCAAAACCCUCCAAACCUCCUGCAUCUCCUCCUGCACCAAAACCCUCCAAACCUCCUGCAUCUCCUCCUGCACCAAAACCCUCCAAACUUACUGCCUCUUCUCCUGCUCCAAAACCCUCCAAACUUACUGCCACCCUAAAAGCCCAGACUGCCUCAAAACCCUCCAAACCCACCACUGCCCCUGAAGCCUUGGAGCGUGAUGUCAGAGGCCUCCGCCGCUCGAAAAGAAUCGCUGCUAAGAAAAAGAAGUGA